CGUUAUCCAUAUUCCACCGACCCAACUUCCCAAUACAAAAUUCAGCAUAUUCCCUCCGCCGCCGGCCACACUCUCCGACCACACGCCGUUAUCCUUCACCCGACCAGGUUUCUUCCGUCGGCUAUAGACAUGACAUGUGUUUUCUGUUUAUGUUUUUUUUCUUUUCCAUCUUUUAAUUUUGAGUUUUCCUUUUUAUUUUUAUAAUUUUAAUGUAUGAUUUGUUGUUCAGGUAGGAUGAUGGGGCGGCGGCGUAGUAACCGAAGUGCCAGCUGUCAGCAGCUGGAUUUGAGGCUGAACCUGUCUCCCCCGCCAAACGACGACGAGGAGUCGGCCACGGCGGCGGAGUCGAUGUGCUCUUCUUGGGAGAGCUCGUGCGUGUCGGAGGAGGAAGGGAUGACGACGGCGACAGCUCCGGCGGCGGCGGCGGCGCGGAUGAUGGUGGUGGGGUGUCCGAGGUGCCUGAUGUACGUCAUGCUGUCGGAGGUGGAGCCCAAGUGUCCCAAGUGCAAGAGCUCGGUUCUGCUCCAUGAUUUCCUCAACCGACGACAACAAAAUCCCGCCGCCGCCGGAAUCCGCAACUGAGACCCCUCUCUCAAAACCCGUCGCCGGCUGUUUUUUUUUUCUUUCUAUUUUAUAUUUUAUUUUCCCUCUUUGCCAUUGAAUAUUUAUUCCCCCAUUUUGUCGAUAGAUAUUUAGUUUCCUGUAAUUUUGCGCACAUUUUUUUUUAUGUACUGUUACCGGUGGGGUUGAAUUGAAUCCUUAUUUGGUUUGGGUUUAAUUAAUGUCAUAGAGUCUCUUAAAAAUAAAUGGAAAAAAGCGAAUAUAAUUGAAAAAUAAUACUGAAUUGGAUAGAAUCAUAGGGUCAACAAAUAUAUUUUUCUAUUCCUGUCUAAUAUUGAAUUAGCCAGAUUGUGGAUCAAAUCACGCUCAACCUAGGCAUUUAUAUCAUAUGUACAUAGAAUUAUAUUAAAUAUUGGUCACUGGCCGAAAUGAUAAUAAAAACUUUUUAUCCGUGGUAACAUCACUACUAUAUAGCUAAUUUGUCACUUUCCUUUAAAAGAAGCGAAACGAAUCAUUGGGUAAAUAUAUCAGGUGCAAAACAUAAUAAAAACGUGUCAAUGAGAUUGAGUCAUUAAAAACAUCACACAUAUCUGCUUCUCAACAAUGAAAGUGCUUUGUUUGGGCGGGAAAUUAAAAUCGUGUUAGAGGCUUGAUCAAACUUACCCUAAUCCAACUAAAAUAGCCAACUACACAUAAUUAGUGUUUUUGAAAGAAGAAAAAAAGGAAACAUAGAGUGACAAUAGAAUCGUGAAAAUAAUGAAAAUUUAAAACGAGUAGAGUUUAAUGAAAUGAAAACACACCAUAUUCAACUAGAUAACAAUCAAAGAUGCGAGGGGACUUUUGAAUGCAAUUUGUAAAAUGUUCUGCUACCACUCUUAAAUGCUUUGAUGUGAUGAAACAUAAAUCAGCUAGUGAUUAUUAAGAGUAGUUGUGUUUCUUUGUUAGUGAUUCUCAUGAUUAGUAGUAUUUCUUGGUUAGUGAUUCUCAAGGUUAGUAGUGUUUAAUAUUUUUUGUAUUUAAUUAUUCUCAAGUUUAGUAGGGGUCUGUUGGGGGUGUUACUAAAUACUUCGUGCACAGACUGAGUAGGGGAGCACACAAUCGGCGAUGGCAACACUCGGUACCCGCUACAGGUAUAUAAGGGCUUGAAGCCCUCCAAAGAGGGGGACUUUUCCUCUCCCCUCACUUUCCACUUUCUACUAUCUCUCUACACUACUCUCUCUAUCUAUUCUCUCAACUCUCUCCUCAAACAUACGCUGACUUGAUCGUCGGAGCUUAAUCCGGGGGGCAACCCCGGCUCUUUCACAGGUUCCUUCCCUCCCGACGAGAUCAGACGAACGGAUCGUGAGUCAACCCCACACCAACAAAUAUCAUUGUUCAUACCGGAGCUAGAUGGUUCAAACAGGGUCGUUUGGAUAGAGUAUUUGUAUGAGUUAUUUGGGUUCGAAUGACUCACAAUGAGUUAUUUGGACGCAAAUAACUCGUUUGGCAGCGUUUUACUGAAAUGAGUUAUUUGGUAAAAGCAGAUGUGAUAAACGAGUUAUUUCGAAAUAACAGAGUGAUAAAACGAGUUAUUUCGAAAUAACACAUGGGUACAAGUUAUUUCAAAUAACUCGUUUUAUCACUCUGCUUUUACCAAAUACCACAUUUGCAUGGUUCAACCAAACGAGAUACUUUAUUUUAAUUAUCACUGAAAUACCACAUGAACAAUAAAUGAGUUAUUUGACU